AAUAGACGUUAGAGUUACGGCAAAAUUUGCGAAGUGAAAAUGGGUUGAAUAAAUUAAAUGGCGCCGCGGGCGCCUCUUCCCCUCCCUCUCCUCUCUCUCUCUCUCUUUAUCUCUUGCUCUUACUAUUUACUACUCUCUGUAUCCCACCUCUUCCUCUCUCUCUCUCUCUCUUGAUUCUUGAUUUUUCUCUGUACCUGAUUCUCUUGGGCAUUACUCAUAUUCUUGCACCGCACUUCAAGAACUGGGGUGGAUAGUAGUUUGAGAAAGGCACUGAUUGAUGUUUGUAUUGGCUUUGGAGUGCAAAGUGGGAUCUCUGAUGAUGAUUCAUGGCUACAAUGAUUUGAUAUAGUUUUCUGCAAAUACUAAUAAUUUCUGGAUAAUUACAUUAAGUUGUCUGGUCAGUUGGAUGUGUUAGACAAUUAUCGUAGUUGUGGUUCUUCUUUUUUACUGCGAUAAGAGGUUUUAAAAAUGGCUGUUGCCGGUUUGCAAAAUGUAUCGGCUUUUGGUCCAUCGUUCUUUGGUGAGUCCCAGUCGCCAGUGUCGGGGAGGUGGGAUGAUGACUAUGGUCGGCCUAGCACCCGGGCAUCCAGUCUCUUGCGAAUGUGGCGGGAGCUUGAGGGUGAGCAUGUGGUGAGUCAAUCUUAUAGGUCAAGGCAACAGAGAAAUGGUUCAGAUUCUGAGUGUUUAAGUACUUCCUCGUCUCUUGGACGAGGAAGCGAGAAUGGGGAUAAUAUCUCUCAAGUUUCUGAUGAUUCUGAGAAUCAGGGCUUCACUGGUUCGGAGAUGGAGCAUGAAGAUAAUAACAGUAUUAUGUCGGAGCAAUCUAGUGACUUC